GAUGCUAAACUACUUAUGAUAACUGUCUGAGUAUGUUUAGCUCAAAAGAACAACUUCAAAAAAGAACAGGGCCACAUGGAAUAGGUCGAUUUAGCUAUUUACAAUCGUUGGUGACUGAAUUUCAGGAUACAGACAGCCUGGAAAGCAAGCAAGAAGUUUUGGCAAACUUGGCCAACUUUGCUUAUGAUCCAGUUAACUAUGAAUAUAUGAGAACUUUGAAUGUUAUAGACCUUUUCCUAGAUUGCUUGGAUGAAUCUGAUGAGAAGUUAGUUGAGUUUGGAAUCGGGGGAUUGUGUAAUAUUUGUCUUGAUAAAAGUAACAAAGAAGAAAUUUUGAAAAACAAUGGAGUAAAACUUGUAAUGAAGUGUCUCUCAAGCCCAUGUGAGGAGACGGUCCUGUCUGCUAUUACCACUUUGAUGUACUUGAUGACCCCUAUCUCUAAAUCAGAUAUUACAUGCCUACCCAUAGUAGAGUGCAUGCUGAGGUUUUCUGAAUCUACAAACACCAGGCUGAGCAAUCUGGCCAAAGUUUUCCUGGAGGACUAUUGUGACAAGUCCCAAAUUGAGGCUGCGAGACAAGUCCAGGAGAGAAUGAAGACUCAGAAUUCAAACUCCUGAUGUUGUACACUGGCUCAGUCAUUGAUGGUACAAUCCCAAGGGAAAGUUGAUCCUUAAUCAGAGGUGACAGAGAUUGUCCGAGGAUGUGGAUGGUUAUCACGUGACCGUGUCUUGCUCUGUUGCAGGCUGGCAUUGCUGACAUUAAACGAGAGAGAAAGAGAGAGAGAGAGAGAGAGAAGCACAAGCACCAGUAACAAUUCAAAGAUCUUAUAUUUAAAGGAAGUGAACAUGAAAAAAAUAAUUGUUGCUUAAUAAAUUUUAAAAGCCUUUUGAAACUUAAAAAUGAGGUCUGUUACCUUUUUGUUUAUUUCUAUAAAGAGAUUUUAUCAAUUUAACACUCUCAGUGAAAGAUUUAUGGAGGUAAUCCAUUAUUUCCCAGCAUGCAUCUGUUCUCUGACAUAGAUAAGCCACAUUGCUGCUGGUGACUGGGUCAAUGUUGGAACUAGGCCAGUGUUUAUGUACAGAGUUGAUAAAAGAGUUGAUAAAAGAAAAAAUAUGCCUUGAUGUGAAGAAACAUUUUGUGUACUGUCAUGAGAAGACAAGGAUUUAGUGCAUUUCUAUAAAUGAACCUCAGAUAACUAUUUAUGAUUUGUACAAAAAAUGAAUAGAUAAAUUAAUUUGUGAAAUAUAAAACCAUCACAUUCCAGAUGUUUGUACGGAGAUGCAUGUGGCAGUCAUAAAUAAAAUGUUGUUUUUAGAUUUCAAUUUCAAUUAAUAUAAAAUUGUAAUUUCAUUUUCUUUGUGGGGUUUCUUACCGUUACUUUUUAUUUAAAUGCCCUGGAAAUUUUUCUGAUUUUUUUUUUUUACAUAAGAUCUUGAUGAUAUGUACGCCGGUUCUGUUUAUGCUGUCAGAAGAAUAACAGGACUAAGACACUUUUUAAAAGUCAGGAUGCUGUGCAAUGCACCUUGUGUGCUCAUUUAUGUAGCACACAUAAUGCUCAAACUCAUAAACAAGAAAUUCCCGAGUGCAAGAAAAAAUAGGUCACAAUAACACUGAUCCACGGACAUUCCAUUCUAGUUACAUGUCACAUUUAACUGCUGGUGGGAAUGCAUCAUUCUGAGAUCCAAAAUCUUCCUCCAUAAACACUGUUUAAAAUGAUAACUCUUUACAUUCCUUUCAAGUUUCCAUUCACAAUUUGAUGAUGGCAUUUUAUCUCUGUUACUAAACGUUUGUAAAAAUGCAAUGUGUCUCACUGACGGCAGCAUCAGUGCUGCCCUCUCUUAGAUGUUUAGAGAUAACCCAGCAGGGAGGUAAUGAUUUUAACAAUAUGGCGGCGCUCAUGGAUUGCAAGAAUUAGUUAUUCUAAGUGGUAUAUCUUUUUACUGAGGAAAGCUCUGUCUAAACGGUUUUCAGAUAUCAUUAUACACAUCAAACAGACAAAUUUGAGCCCUUGAUAAUUUUUUCAUGUUCACUUCCUUUAAAGCACCAGGUUAAAGUUUUAUGCCAUUCAAAAGAUGAAUUGUGAACUGUUAGGAUUAAAAUUUGAAACAAUUCAUAACUAUCUUGCUGUAUGUCAUAUUCUAGGCAUUGGGAUAAGUUAAUUUGGUAUCAUAUUGUUCUUUGUUAAAACGAGGUGAGAAUAUAUUAAAUUAUCAUGUAUUAGCCUCACA